CAAUCCAUUCUAAGGCUUCUCAUCAAUUAAACAAUACAAACUUGCUUCACCAAAAGCCAAAAAAUGGCAAGAUUUGGUGUUCUUUCAGUUGCUGUUCUUCUGGGCUUGCAAGCUGCUUUGCUUGUGUCUGGUUUUGAUCCAAGUCCUCUUCAAGAUUUCUGUGUUGCUGUUGAUGAACCCAAAUCUGCUGUAUUUGUGAACGGGAAGUUCUGCAAGGACCCAAAGCUAGUGAAUGCCGAAGACUUCUUAUUCCAAGGACUCAACAUUCCUGGAAACACAAAUAAUAAACAAGGCUCAAACGUGACUCUAAUAAACGUGGACCGAAUCCCCGGACUAAACACCCUUGGCAUCUCUUUAGCUCGUCUCGACUAUGCUCCAUAUGGGUUAAACCCACCUCACACGCACCCACGAGGCACCGAAAUUCUCGUGGUCGUGGAAGGCAGCCUCCUAGUUGGGUUUGUGACGUCAAAUCCAGACAACAAGCUCUUCACCAAAGUGCUAUACAAAGGAGAUGUGUUUGUGUUCCCCAUUGGCCUCAUUCACUUCCAAUUCAACGUAGGACAUGGCCCAGCCCUUGCCUUCGCUGGCCUCAGCAGCCAAAACCCAGGCACCAUUACCAUUGCCAACGCUGUGUUUGGAUCUAAGCCGCCCAUCUCGCUUGAUGUUCUCACUAAGGCCUUCCAAGUUGACGAGAAAGUCAUUGAGGCUCUCCAGAUGCAGUUUGCGUAGGGGAUAUAGUUUCUAUUUUGAACCAAAUAAAAUGGUCAUUAAAAUAAAAGUUGGUGUAUAAUGGAUUAUAUAUAACGAUGAUAUCUAUUCCUUUGCUCGGAGUAUUAAUUAGAUUACGUAACUCAUUGGCUAUGACUUCCUUUGUCGUUUCGUUUU